UACGAAUCAGUUGAUCGCUGGCUUUCAGCGGAACCGGACAAGCUUUCCCCGAAAUUUGAAGAAAAAAAAGUAUCGUCUCCUUUAGUUUAGAGAUUUUUAAGUUGGACUAUCUAACCACUAAAUUUCGGUUAAUCCGGUGUCGUCGUGCGUUAAGCGUAGUGGAUCCGAAACCAUGCUUCCUCCCUCCUCGUCUAACGUAGUUGAACAGUAGUCGCUUUUGUUUGCCGUUGCUGGAAGAGUUCCGCUGCUAAUGACUCUGAAUCUAACUACUCGGAGAUGCAGUGAUUGCUGAUGACUAAUUGAGUAUCGUCGUCGUCGUCGGGAUUCAAGGUCACUACCAAAUUGGCGCCUCGACGCUUCGUCAGCGUGUGUGGUUGAUUUGUUGAUUUUGGUGAUUUUGUUUGUGCGAUUAACAAAUGAAUAGCGUGAGAAAGUGGUGAUAGUUGGUGGCAUUAUAGGUUUUUUUAACAAGCCCUGGACGAGAAUCUCGCUCCUAUCGAUUGGCAGCCGCUCAUUUGGUGGCCACGUGGUUAGAAGAAAAUCAAAAUAAAAACAGGAAAUGGCACCGGACAUUACGGACUCGGUGAUACCAGUGAAGGCAGCAACAACAGCUGCAUCUGUCGACAAUGUUAACAAUUGUUCAACAACAUCGGCUUCCAGUGUCGUCCAGCGGCAGCGACAUGUUUCCGAUCGCCAUGACGACAAAGUAUCUCUAGUCACGAAAGCUAGCAACGGUAACGAUGACAACAACAACAAUCAAAUCUUGAGCGAUGACACCUGCGGUGGUGAAGGCAAAGGUUCCUCUGAUGCGGAGACAGAAUUCCGUUCGCAAAUCCGAUGGCCAAAUUUCAUCGCACAACUGUUCUUGCAUGUAGGAUUCCUUAUAGGUACCUGGUAUGUGGUCACACUGCAGACUAGGUUCUUCACCUUAUGUUGGACCCUGCUCCUGGUGUGGGGAUCAGGUUUUGGCAUCACUGCUGGAGCGCACAGACUUUGGUCGCACAAAUCGUACAAAGCCAAGUGGCCUCUGCGAGUAAUACUGAUGUUCCUAUUUACAAUUUGUGGUCAGCGCGACGCUUACACUUGGGCUCACGAUCACCGGGUGCACCACAAGUACUCGGAAACGGAUGCCGAUCCGCACAACGCCAAGCGAGGCUUCUUCUUCGCCCACGUGGGUUGGGUCUUUCUGACGCCUCAUCCGGAGGUGGUCGCCAAGCGGCAGGUCAUCGACAUGAGCGAUCUCGAGGCGGAUGCGAUCGUGAUGUGGCAACGGAAGUACUAUCUGCCCCUAUUUGCCCUGCUGGUGAUCGCCUUUCCGGUUUGGGUCCCCUGGUACUUCUGGAACGAGAACCUGUGGGUCGCAUUCUGGGUGUGCUUCACGAUGCGCUUCACCACAACCCUCAACAUUGCCUUCUUCGUCAACAGUGUGGCGCACAUGUUUGGAAAUCGGCCUUACGAUAAACACAUAAGCCCGGUGGAAAACUUAUCGGUGGCCAUUGCCGCAAUGGGCGAGGGCUGGCACAAUUACCAUCACGUUUUUCCCUGGGACUACAAAACCGGCGAGUUGGGCAAUUAUAUGUUCAAUGUCACCACCGGCUUCAUUGACGCUUUUGCCCGGCUAGGGUGGGCUUAUGACAGAAAAAGUGCCUCGCCGGAAAUCAUCGAGCGAAGGGCGGCCAAGUAUGGCGAUGGAACACGCUUUCUAACCGACGAUUACGCCCACCGGGAUGCGGUGUGGGGUUUCGGGGAUCGGGACAUCACCGCGGACGAUUUGGAGGAUCUGUUGCGGUCUCAGGGUUAAAGUCUUGAGGUAACAACGAUGCCUUUCAUUUGGGUACCAACUUUAUUUAGUUAGACUAACUGGGAUUAAGUUUUUAAAACAGUAUUUAAGAUACAAUCAAGAAAAAAUCGGUUUUGCCAUGUACAACUAUUUUUAGAAUAUUUAAAAUGUGUAAUAAUGCU